UCUUGCGCAUUAAACCGCGUGAUCCUCCACUAUAAAUUCCACAUAUAUAGCCAAUUAACUAUAACAACUAAAAAUUAAUCUACCGGAACAUGGCUAAAGUUACGGCGAGGAUGAGGGAAGUCGAGAAAGUAUUCCGAAAAUUCGACACCAACGGCGACGGAAAAAUCUCUCUGUCGGAGCUCGGCGGAGUUUUGAAUGCUCUCGGCACUAAAACGACGUCGGAUGAGGCGAAACGAAUGAUGUUAGAGGUUGAUACCGACGGUGAUGGUUUCAUCGAUUUGCAAGAGUUCGCUGCAUUUCACUGUCCCGUUGAAGAUCCUAACAGUAAGGAUCUCCGUGACGCUUUUGAUUUGUAUGAUAAGGAUAAGAACGGGAAGAUUUCGGCAGCUGAGUUGCACUCUGUUAUGAAAGGUAUUGGAGAGAAGUGUUCGCUUAAGGAUUGCCGGCGUAUGAUCAGUUCCGUUGAUGAUGACGGCGACGGAAGUGUUAAUUUUGAGGAGUUUAAGAAGAUGAUGACCAGGGCUUGAUUUCUGAGUCUGCUAAUUAAUUAAUGGUAGGCGUUUAAUUGAACUGAUUCCCGUAUGUAGAUUAGUUGAUAAAUCUGUUUGUUUCGUUUGACUGAUUUCUAUAAUAGUGCCAUAUGUGGUGAAAGUGUUAAUAGGAAUUCGAUUGACCAAGUUGAAUAUAAUCGAAUAUCAAUCA